GCUGUGUGUGACUGUGUCGAGCACUGCAGAGUUGUUAGUAUAGUUUGCCAUUAAGUCGACUGUAUUUUUCUCAAAAUACAGCGAUAACACACUUUUUCGGACGUCUUCUAGACCUUACAGCCGCUAAAUGUAUUUCACAGACGGUCAACAGCUUGUUUUUAACGUUAAACGUGAAUUAGCAGUUAGCUUCAGCUGCUAAAUAACAGUAGAGUUAGACAGUCACAGCAGACUGUCACCUGAGACUGAAACGGUUUGAUUAAAGUUUGUUCAAUUGAACAUUUGGUAAAUUAAUUUGGGUGUAUGAUGGGUAUGACCAGUCGAAUAGAGUGUAUAUUUUUCAGUGAGUUUCACCCCACCCUGGGUCCAAAAAUAACAUACCAGGUCCCAGAGGAAUACAUUUCACGAGAGCUCUUUGACACAGUUCAGGUUUACAUCAUCACCAAGCCAGAGCUGCAAAACAAGCUGAUAACAGUCACUGCAAUGGGAAAAAAGUUAAUCGGGUGUCCUGUGUGCAUCGAGCAUAAAAAGUACAGCAGAAACGCCCUCCUGUUUAACCUCGGCCUUGUUUGUGACGCCCAAGCCAACACGUGCGCCCUCGAGCCGAUUGUCAAGAAACUGUCUGGGUACCUCACAACUCUGGAGCUGGAGAGCGGCUUCAUAUCGAACGAGGAGAGCAAGCAGAAGCUUUUACCCAUCAUGUCGACCUUGUUAGAAGAACUUAAUGCCACAGGAGCCUGCUCCUUACCCAUAGACGGGUCCAACACCAUCCACCUAAAGCUGAUUCAGCUGCGAAAGGACCCUCCGAUUGUCCAGGAGUACGACGUGCCCGUCUUCACCCAGUGCAAAGACCAUUUUAUUAAAUCUCAGUGGGAUCUCACGACGCAGCAGAUCCUGCCUUAUAUUGAUGGAUUCAGACACAUCCAGAAAAUCUCUGCCGAGGCGGACGUAGAGCUGAAUCUUGUUCGCAUUGCCGUGCAGAAUCUCCUGUAUUAUGGUGUUGUGACGUUGGUGUCAAUAUUUCAGUACUCUAACGUGUACUGCACCACCCCGAAAGUCCAGAGCCUCAUAGACGACAAGUCCAUUCAGGAGGAGUGCCUCAGCUACGUCACAAAGCAAGGUCAGAAGCGUGCCAGUUUGAGAGACGUGUUCCAGCUGUACUGCGGUCUGAGUCCAGGAACCACCGUCCGAGACCUUUGCUCUCGCUACUCGCAGCAGCUACAAAGGGUAGACGAGAGGAGGCUGAUCCAGUUUGGACUGAUGAAGUCUCUGAUUCGACGGCUGCAGAAGUAUCCGGUGAAGGUGAUCCGUGACGAGAGGAGCCGGCUGCCUCGACUCUACACCGGCUGCCACAGUUAUGAUGAGAUCUGCUGCAAAACAGGUAUCAGCUACCAGGAGCUGGAUGAACGUUUGGAAAACGAUCCCAACAUUGUGGUGUGCUGGAAGUGACAUAAACUAAAAACAGACUGAAAGAUACAGAGAUGCCUCAACCAAAGAUGCCUUCAGUGACAGCAAGAGUUUUCUUGGAAAAACAGUGAAAGAAGUAGUAUUUCUAUUUUUUUUUUGUUAAAUUAGUGUUUUUGUUAAUAUCUCCUAAUCAAGAAUUAGCACACAUUUCUGUUUAGGUCAAACGAGGAAGAUAUUUGUUAAUAUUGCACAAAAGAGAAUUUGUGAUUAAUAAAAGAGAUUAUACCACAAUGAGACAGUCUGUCUUAAAUCA